AUGGCCCCCCUUGUCUAUUCUGAACAAGGCUAUAACCUGACCGAAAACCCGUUUGUAUUGCCUCAGAAAUUCUUGGAGGGUACGGUUUGCUCUAAAUUGUGGGUAGAGUUCUUACGGACAACGACUGGGGGCGAGCCCAUCGAAGAGAAGAAGCAGGCUGCCAAUCAUGCAGUCUUUAAGAUCGUCUUCGCGGAUGCAUAUAAUGAAUAUGGGGGUAUGCGACUAGAAAUGGCCGUCGACAAUAACUACAAGAGCAAGUCGGAUUCUGUGGAUGGCCAACUAGUCAAGUUUCAAUCUGGCUUCCUUCGCGUCAACCCUACCAGCAAUUCUGGACCUUCCAGCAAGACACUUUCGACUUCCAGUCUCCCUAUUGAACCGAAUUGGACUGUUGGACGUGUGAUUGGGUUGCUUCUCCAAUACCGAGCAUCCCGAUUUGACUUUGUCAUCCUUGAUAAUCAGUAUUUUGGAUGUCGCGAUUUCGUCACCCAGGCCAUCUAUUUGAUGCAAACCCAUGGCUUCAUCCGAACUACCGAGAUUAGCACCGUUAUUAGUGGCCCGCCCUUGCCAGUCACAAGCAUCUAUGGUGCCCUAGGUUUGCGAUUUGACUACAAGGGGCGCAUCUCGGCUUGUCCCAUCGACAAAGGCCGAUUCCCUUCGCUGCAACGCUACGUGUUACCUUCGAUGCCAUACAAGGGCUCCCAGAGCGCACUUGAACUAGAGUCGAUUGCUCAAUAA